AUGACCGGGUCUGGGUAUCCAUUUGUUCAGCAUGGCGAUGAUGCCGACUACAGUAGCUAUGCAACCGAACAACAGCACCCGCCGUCUCCAGGCCAAGCAAGUAACAGAAAGUCACCUCAGGAUUCAAUCACAACAGUUUCGGGGCAACUUCCCAACCUCCUGGAUGCAGGCCAGCUAACGCAUAAUUACAAACCAAUCGAUGACUUAUUAGGCUAUCGAAACUUGCCCUUCGCUGAGCCAGGAGAAAUCCAUACGAUGGCUGAGUUGGAUGCAAACCCGGGUUUAACUCAUCUGUCGCCAUCGCACCAAGGAGAUUCAACUGGAGACAAGAAAGCGACUCAUGAUGUCCUUGGGCCACAAAGUCAACAAGAUGUCACUAUGCCGUCGCUAUUCUUGGAUGCUAGUUCAGAAACAGCUCCCCUAAAUUCGACGUCUGUUGUUAACUUUGCCAAUCUAAAUGCUGCAAACCCCCCAAAAAUAGGUACACGAUUCUCCAUGGAAUCAUCCAAGCUAUUAUCGCAAUGGUUUUCAAAUCAUUACGACUACCCGUAUCCAAGUAAAGAAGAAACAAAGAUCUUGCAACAGCAGACAGGUCUGUCUAAAACGCAGAUCAAAAACUGGCUUGCCAAUGCCAGACGGCGAGAAAAGAUGCACCACAGCAACCGAUCAUCCCAAAGAACGACACCCGGAAUCGAGUCAGACAGCGCGUCGAUAGAUAUUCCAAAACGACCGGAUACGCCUGCAGUCCAGACUCGCCGUCCUUGCCGCGCCAUGAGCCCUCUCGAGCGCUGGGUAGACUCGCCUCCAGAGGCGGAGCCUGCAGCAGUUUCAGAUAUUUUUAAUGCAGUUAAAGUUCACGUAGAUGAUGGCUCCGGCCAAUCCAACAAUGAAUCCUCAGACAAUAGCCAUGGAACUUCAAGUGGCAGUUCGCUUGCGUCAGCAUAUUCGUACGGCUCUGGUGACUCUAUAUCGAAGAAUCGACCUCUCUCAUGGAACAAGUCACGUCGCCGGCGACGUGUGCUACGCUCAAAGCCGAGGAGGCCGCUGGCCAGAAAUGCACAGCAGCCGUUUCAGUGCACAUUUUGUGCGGAGACCUUCAAAACUAAAUAUGACUGGCAACGCCAUGAAAAGACGCUUCAUAUACCCUUGGAGCGAUGGCUGUGUUCCCCGGAUGGACCUCGAGCAGUUGACCCAGAAACUGGCCAAGAUAUCUGCGUCUUCUGUGGUACCUCGGAGCCAACGGAUCGUCAUAUCAACAGUCAUAAUCCGGAUUCCUGCCAAGAACGAGUCUUCAACAGAAAAGAUCACCUUAAACAACACUUACACUUGGUACAUAAGUCAAAAUUGAUCGAAUCAAUUGCGAAAGACUGGAAAUCGUCCACGCCAAGAAUCCGAUCGAGAUGCGGAUUUUGUGGAACUGCUUUGGAGACUUGGAUCGAUCGGGUUGAGCAUCUGGCAGACCAUUUUAAAAUGGGUAAAACUAUGGCCAAUUGGACCGGUGACUGGGGGUUUGACGAUGCCAUUACAAAUACACUUGAAAACACUAAUGAUAAUGGUACAGAUGUUCUUGGAGAAGAGCUAAACAGUCCGUUUCCAUUCGAGGCGAGUGAUAUUUCACCAGAGUCUCCUCGUACCGCAUACGAACUGCUGGUGGUUGAGCUCUCGUGUUUUGUUGAAAUGUAUCAGUACAGCACGGGCAAGAUCCCUGAUAGUAACGCCAUACAACUCGAAGCCUGUCGCAUUAUUUACGCUUCAGAGCUGUUAUCGUUAGACGCAGAUGUGGCCGCAAAGUCAUCCUGGCUACGUGACUUGGUCAUGUCGAACGAAACGAUUGCGACACAAGCGCAGUUCCUCCCUAUACGGACACCGUCUGAGGGGAGACUUCGGACUCUGGAGAUUCGAGGAAAGAAGACGCUAUUCGAAGAAUGCCCCCUCGAGGCUCAACUGCAUGACUUUGUGCUUGGUGAAGCGAUGGCUAAUCCGGCUGCCAUAUGCAACGCUACAUUGCAACUUGAGGCCUGCAAAAUACUAACGCAACUGCAACAGGGUCUCAAGUUUCCCUUGUCGGAUCGUGUCUUCACUUGGUUUAUGAUACUAGUCCAAGCGUCUCCAACCAGCUGGCUUAGCAACUUUAGAGAGCGUGCAUAUCUUCCUUUCGCUGAAUGCAGCCACUCCUCUACAUCGUGGGCUUCAACAGAUCAUCAGAUUCAAUCCACCACAUCUGGGGCAAUACUCGGUCAUCCAGAAAUCACCGACGAGUUCGUCACAUCUGGUUUACCUAUUGAUGAAGCGGCUGUCUGUGGAAUCCAACAAGACCGGGCAAGUAUAUUUAUUAAACCUCAUCUAACUUGUCGGGAGCACGCCUCGUCGAAUCCUGCGACCAGCAUACACUUACUCUCUCACCUCUCUAUACUUCCCGCGAUGACAUCACAAGACGAAGAAAUGGACAAUGGCAGGGGAGAACUUUACAAAUUGCAACCGAACAGAACAGCACCCUCUCAGCGGGAUGAAGCUCACUCCCAGCAACACGCCGACCAUCUUCAACUCGGAUCUUAUAUGCUCCACGAUCCAAACUUUUAUAAGUGGUUGAGUCGCGAAUUGGGCCGUUGGGUCACUUCCACCAUGUCUCCGAACAACCCAAACUGCCAUGUGCCGUCGGAUGAGGAAAUACAGCAUCAUGCUCGAUGCCUAUUGUACAACGAGUAA